GAUGUCACUGGCUCCAUGUGGGACGACCUGCUGCAGGUGAUGGACGGCGCCUCGCGCAUUCUGCAGCGCAGCCUGGACGGCGGGGCCGUGGCCAACUUCGCGCUGGUACCCUUCCACGACCCAGAUAUCGGCCCUGUGACCCUGACUGCGGACCCGGCAGUGUUCCAGAGGGAGCUGAGAGAGCUGUAUGUGCAGGGCGGCGGCGACUGCCCAGAGAUGAGCGUGGGGGCCAUCAAGGCCGCCGUGGAGGUCGCCAACCCCGGCUCCUUCAUCUACGUCUUCUCGGACGCCCGCGCCAAGGACCACCACCGGACGGAGGAGCUGCUGCGGCUCCUGCAGCUCAAACAGUCGCAGGUGGUCUUCGUGCUGACUGGGGACUGCGGGGACCGCACGCACCCCGGCUACCUGGCCUACGAGGAGAUCGCGGCCACCAGCUCCGGGCAGGUGUUCCACCUGGACAAGCAGCAGGUGAACGAGGUGCUGAAGUGGGUGGAGUCAGCACUCCAGGUCUCCAAGGUGCACCUGCUGUCCACAGACCACGAGGAGGAGGGCGAGCACCUGUGGAACAUCCCCUUUGACUCCAGCCUGAAGGAGGUCACCAUCUCCUUGAGCGGCCCGGGGCCUGAGAUUGAAGUCCGGGACCCGCUGGGGCGGAUCCUGCAGAAGGACGAGGGCCUCAAUGUGCUCCUUAGCAUCCCUGACUCGGCGAAGGUCGUGGCCUUUAAGCCUGAGCAUCCCGGCCUGUGGUCCAUCAAGGUCUACAGCAGUGGCCGCCAUUCCGUGAGGAUCACGGGCGUCAGCAACAUCAACUUCCGGGCCGGCUUCUCCACGCAGCCCUCUCUGGACCUCAACCACACCAUCGAAUGGCCCCUGGCAGGGGUGCCCAUCUCGCUGGUGAUCAACUCCACGGGCCUGCAGGGACCCGGCAGCCUGGACUCGGUGGAGCUAGCCCAGAGCUCGGGGCAGCCCCUCCUGACGUUACCCGUGAGCCCUCUCUCCAAUGGAUCCAGCCAUCAGCUGUGGGGCGGCCCGCCCUUCCGUGCUCCCCAGGAGCGCUUCUACCUCAAGGUGAAGGGCCAGGACCACGAGGGGAACCCCCUCCUCCGUGUCUCUGGAGUUUCCUACAGUGGAGUGGCCCCAGGCACCCCCCUCGUCAGCAUGCCCCCCAGGAUCCAUGGCUACCUGCAUCAGCCCCUGCAGGUCUCCUGCUCCGUGCACAGCGCCCUCCCCUUCCGGCUGCAGCUGCGGCGGGACGGAGCCCGGCUGGGCGAGGAGCGGCACCUCCAGGGGUCGGGAAACAGCAGCUGGGAGAUCCCGCGGGCCUCCAAGGCGGAGGAGGGCACGUACGUGUGCACAGCCGUCAGCCGCGCGGGCACCGGACACGCCACGGCCCAGAUCGUCAUCACCGACCCCCCACCGCAGCUGGUGCCGGCCCCCAACGUGACCGUGUCCCCGGGGGAGACCGCCGUCCUGUCCUGCUGGGUCCUGGACGAGGCCCCCUACAACCUGACGUGGGUCCGGGACUGGCGAGUCCUGUCGGGCUCGGUGGGAAGAGUCACCCAGCUGGCCAACCUGUCCCUGGAGGUCAGCGGUGCGGUCCCCAGCGACGGCGGCCGCUACCAGUGCAUGGCCAGCAACUCCAACGGGGCCAGCAAGGCGUCCGUCUGGCUUCGGGUGCGCGAGGCCCCAAAGGUCAGCAUCCACGCCAGGUCCCAGCGCUUCUCCCAGGGUGUGGAGAUGAGGGUCAGCUGCUCGGCGUCCGGGUACCCUGCACCCCACCUUUCCUGGAGCCGUGAGGGUCGCGCCCUGCAAGAGGACAACAGGAUCCAUGUGGACGCCCAGGGGACCCUGAUCAUCCAGGAGGUGGCCCCAGAGGACGCCGGGAACUACAGCUGCCAGGCUGCUAAUGAGCUUGGCACAGACGAGGAGACUGUCACCCUCUAUUACUCAGACCCGCCGAAGGUCUCUGCUGUGAACGCUGUGGUGCUGGCAGCCGUGGGGGAGGAGGCGGUGCUGGUGUGCGACGUGUCUGGGGCGCCCCCGCCCCGGGUCAUCUGGUAUCGAGGGGGUCUUGAGAUGAUUCUGGCCCCCGAGGACUCCGACUCGGGGACUCUGUGGAUCCCGACCACCCGGGAGCGUGAUGCCGGGGUCUACACUUGCCGGGCCGUCAACGAGCUGGGCGACGCCUCCGCGGAAAUCCGGCUGGAGGUUGGACAUGCCCCCCAGCUGAUGGAGGCCCCCCGGGACGUCACGGUGGAGCUGGGCAGGAGCGCCCUUCUGGCCUGCCGGGCCACCGGCCGCCCGCCCCCCAAGGUCACCUGGCGCCGUGCAGACGGUCAGCCCCUGGGACCCCGGCCGGGCAGCAGGACCAGGCAGCGUGACUCUGGAAUGCUGUUCUUCGAGAGUGUGUCCCCGGAAGACCAGGCCCCCUACAUCUGUGAGGCGCAGAACAUCUUCGGGAAGGUCCAGGCAGAGGCCCGGCUCGUCGUGACUGGACACGUGCCCCCCCAGAUCGCCAGCAGUGCCGCCACGGUCCGGGUGCUGGAAGGCCAGCCCGUGUCCCUGCCCUGUGUCGUCCUGGCCGGGAGGCCCCUCCCCGAGAGGCGCUGGCUCCGGGCUGGCGGGCCCCUCCCUCCUGGCGGCCGGCCUGCGGUCCGGGCAGACGGCAGUCUCCACCUUGACCAGGCGCUGCGGGAGGACGCCGGGAGGUACAGCUGCGUGGUCAGCAACUCGGCCGGCUCUCAGCAGCGGGGUGUGUUGCUGGUGGUCCAGGUGCCACCCAGGAUCCAGCCCACUGCCACCUACCAUGUCACCAAUGAAGGGGUUCCGGUCUCUCUCCCCUGUGUCACCUCAGGUGUCCCCAAACCCACCAUCACCUGGACCAAGGAGUCCAGUGUCCUGAGCCCCGGGGGUCCGCACUACAACGUGAGCAAGCACGGCGCGCUGGUCAUCACCCAACCUUCUGUCCAGGACGCGGGGACCUAUGUCUGCACGGCCACCAACGCCGUGGGCUUCUCCAGCCAGGAGAUGCAGCUCUCUGUCAACACCAAACCCAGGAUCCUGGUGAAUGGGUCCCAGGACACAGAUGAGCCUCUGAGGGUGGUGGCCAAGGCCGGCGACGAGGUGACCCUGGACUGCGAGGCCCAGGGCUCGCCACCCCCACUGGUCACCUGGACCAAAGACUCCCGCCCGGUACCUCCCAUCACCGACAGGCGUGGCCUCCUCCAGUCGGGCUCCCUGCAUCUGGCCCAGGCCCAGGUCGGCGACAGCGGCCUCUACAGGUGCACGGCCAGCAACCCCGCGGGCUCCAUCUCUCGGCGCUACGUCCUUGGGGUGCAAGUGCCCCCUCAGGUGCAGAAGGGCCCGAGGGUCUGGAAGGUGCUGGCAGGAGAAGUUGUGGACCUGAACUGUGCAGCCGAGGGCACCCCUGAGCCUCAGCUGGAGUGGUCCAAGGAUGGGGCAGCCCUGCAGGCCGGAGUCCCCCGGGGCUCGGUCCACUUUGCAGCCGUGCAAACCUCCGAUGCCGGGCUGUACCGCUGUGAAGCCUCCAGCAUCGCCGGGGUGGAUGCCUGGGAGCUGGAGCUCAGGGUGCUGGUGCCCCCCAGUAUCCGGGAGGACGAGCACAGAGUCAACGUGACGGGCAUGGCCGGGCAGCCCCUGACCCUGGAGUGUGACGCGAGUGGCUUUCCGGCCCCCGAGGUCGUGUGGCUCAAAGAUGGGCAGCCGCUCCCCCACCUCGGCAGUCACCGCUUCCUGGACACCCUGCACUUGCCUAGCCUCCAGGAGGGCGACUCUGGCCUCUACUCCUGCCGGGCAGAGAACCGGGCUGGCACCGCCCAGAAGGACUUUGCUCUCCUCGUGCUCAUCCCGCCUUCGGUGCUUGGAGCCGGGGCUGCCCAGGAAGUGCUGGGCCGGGCCGGGGCGGAGGUGCAGCUGGAGUGCCGGGCCGCGGGGGUGCCCACGCCCCAGGUGGAGUGGACCAAGGACGGGCAGCCCGUCCUCCUGGGAGACCCUCGUGUCCAGCUCCAGGAGGACGGCCAGGUCCUCAGGAUCGCCAGCAGCCACUUGGGGGACGAGGGACGGUACCAGUGUGUGGCCUUCAGCCCCGCCGGCCAGCAGGCCAAGGACUUCCAGCUCAGCGUCCACUCACCUCCCACCAUCUGGGGCGCCAACGAGACCGGGGAGGUGGCCGUGGUGGAGGGCCAGCCUGCGCAGCUCCUGUGCGAGGCCCGGGGCGUGCCCGCUCCGGACAUCGCCUGGCUCAAGGAUGGGGUGCCCCUGGCCCCCCACGCCGAGGCCGCCUACGCCAGGGGCGUGCCCCCGCAGCUGCUGGUGGCCGAAGGCUUGGGCCAGGUGACCGCCCUCGUGGGACAGCCCCUGGAACUUCCCUGCCAGGCCUCCGGCUCCCCGGUGCCCACUAUCCAGUGGCUGCAGAACGGCCGCCCAGCGGAGCAGCUGACUGGGGUGCAGGUGGCCCCCCAGGGGACCGCACUGCAGAUUGAGCACGUGGAGCCGGAGCACGCCGGCCUCUUCGCCUGCCAGGCCACCAACGAGGCGGGCACUGCCGGGGCCGAGGUGGAGCUGUCCGUGCACGAGCUCCCCUCGGUGGUCAUCGUCGGGGGUGAGGACGUCACAGCCCCUUUCCUGCAGCCUGUCACUCUCCGGUGUGAAGGGACAGGGGUGCCUCCGCCGAGCCUCCGCUGGUGGAAGGAUGGGGUGGCCCUGGCUGCCUCGGGGGGGAGCCUGCAGAUCGAGAAGGUCGACCUGAGGGACGAGGGCGUCUACACCUGCGUCGCCACCAACCCGGCCGGCGAGAGCAGCAGCGACGUGGCGCUCAAGGUCUUGGUGCCCCCCAACAUCGAGCCGGUCCCCACCAACAAGGCAGUGCUGGAAAACACCUCGGUGUCCCUGGAGUGUCUGGCGUCGGGUGUGCCCGCCCCCGAUAUUUCCUGGUUCAAGGGCCCCCAGCCUGUCUCCACCCAGGAGGGGGUGACGGUGUCGGGGGACGGGAGGGUUCUCCUCAUCGAGCGGGCCCGAUUUUCCGAUGCUGGGAGUUACCGCUGUGUGGCGUCCAACGUGGCGGGCAGCACAGAGCUGCGCCAUGGCCUGCGGGUCAACGCACCCCCACGCAUCACACUGCCCCCCAGCCUGCCGGGCCCUGUGAUGCUCAACGCCCCAGUGCGGCUGACCUGUGAUGCCAGCGGGGCCCCCAGCCCCACGCUCAUGUGGCUGAAGGACGGCAACCCCGUGUCCCCCUCUGGGACCAACGGCCUCCAGGUCUUCCCGGGGGGCCGGGUCCUCACCCUGGCCAGCGCCCGGGUGUCCGACUCUGGCAAUUACACCUGCGUGGCCGUGAGCGCCGUGGGCGAGGACCGCGGGGAAGUCACCCUGCAAGUGCACGUGCCCCCCAGCAUCCAGGGAGAAGAGCGGAACGUGUCUGUGGUGGCCAAUGAGUCGGUGGCCCUGGAGUGUCGCAGCCACGCUGUGCCCCCGCCGGUGCUGAGCUGGCGGAAGGACGGCCGCCCGCUGGACCCCCGGCCCGGCGUCCGCCUCUCUGCAGACCAGGCUGUGCUGGAGGUGGACAGAGCGGAGGUGGGGGACGCGGGCCGCUACACCUGCGAGGCGCUGAACCAGGCGGGCCGCUCGGAGAAGCACUACAACCUGCACGUGUGGGCCGCGCCAGCGUUCCCCUCUCGGGAGCCCCUCACCCUGACGGUGAUGGAGGGACACCCUGCCAGGCUGUCCUGUGACUGCUGGGGCGUCCCCUUCCCCAAGAUCUCCUGGAAGAAGGACGGUCAGCCGCUGCCCGGGGAAGGAGCCGAGCUCCGGCAGGUGUUGGCGGCCGGAAGGCUGCUGUUCCUGGGCCGCGCCCGGCAGGCCCAGGGGGGCACCUACACCUGCCAGUGCAGCAACGCGGCGGGGACCAGCAGCCAGGACCAGCAGCUGGAGGUGCACGCCCCUCCUCAGAUCACUGCCCCCCGGGAGCCCCACACAGCAGUGUCCGUGGUCCAGGAUGGGGCGACCACUCUGGAGUGCAACGCCACAGGGAACCCCCCGCCCAGGGUGACGUGGGAGCGGGACGGCCAGCCGGUGGGCGCCGAGCCUGGCCAGCGCCUGCGCGUGGAGCGGGCCCGGGCCGCCCAGGCCGGGCACUACAGCUGCGUGGCCGAGAACGCGGCCGGGAGGGCCGAGAGGGCCUUCUCGCUCUCCGUGCUGGUGCCCCCAGAGUUUGUGGGAGACUCGGAGCCCCUGACCAACAUCACCGUGGCCUUGCACAGCCCCUUGACGCUGCUCUGUGAGGCCGCCGGCACCCCUCCUCCAGGGGUCCGCUGGUUCCGAGGGGACGAGCCCCUCAGCCCCGGGGAGGACACCUACCUCUUGGCAGGUGGCUGGAUGCUGAAGAUGACCCGAGCGCAGGAGCUGGACAGAGGCCUCUACUCCUGCCUGGCGAGCAACAAGGCUGGGGAGGCGCGGAGGAACUUCAGCGUAGACGUCCUGGUUCCUCCCAGUAUCGAGGACGAGGACCUGGAGGAGGCCAUCAGGGUCCCCGAGGGACAGAGCGCACACCUGGCGUGCAACGCCACAGGCCACCCGCAGCCCACGGUCACGUGGUUCAAAGAUGGCCGGCCCCUGGCUGGCGGAGACGCCCACCGCAUUUCUCCAGACGGAGCCCUCCUGCAGCUUCUCCAGGCCAACCUGUCCAGCGCCGGCCACUACUCCUGCGUCGCGGCCAACGCCGUGGGCGAGAAGACCAAGCACUCGCAGCUCAGCGUCCUGGUCCCUCCUUCCAUCUCUAAAGACGACCCCUCGGGGGAGGGCAGCGUGAAGGAAGUGAAGGCCAAGGCCAACAGCACUUUGACCCUGGAGUGCGAGUGCUGGGCCGCGCCCCCGCCCGCCAUCAGCUGGUACAAGGAUGGACAGCCGGUGACCCCCGACCAGCGGCUCCGCGUCCUGGGCGAUGGGCGGCUGCUGCAGAUCCGGCCCACGCGGCGCUCGGACUCGGGCCGGUACCUGUGCGUGGCCUCCAACGUGGCCGGGGAGGACGACCAGGACUUCAGCGUGCUCAUCCAGGUGCCCCCCAUGUUCCAGAAGGUGGGCGACGUCGGUGAGGCCUUUGAGCUCCUGUCCCGGGAGGAGGAGGCCCGGGGCGGGGUGACGGAGUACCGGGAGGUCGUGGAGAACAGCCCAGCCUACCUGUACUGUGACAGCGACGCCGUGCCGCCGCCCACACUCACCUGGUACCGGGGGGGCCGGCCCCUGGUGGCCACGGACGGGGUGUCCAUUCUGCAAGCCCCACCUGUGAUCCUGGGCGACACGGAGGAGCUGGUGGAGGAGGUGACCGUCAACGCCAGCAGCACGGUCCGCCUGCCGUGCCCGGCCCUGGGCACCCCCGCACCCACUAUCUCGUGGCUGCGGAAUGGGCUGCCCUUCUCCCCGGACCCCCGGCUGCAGGUCCUGGAGGACGGGCACGUCUUGCAGACUCCCCAGACCAACGAGCUGUUCUCCGAUGCUGAAGGCCACGUAAUUCUGCCCCCAUCUCCCCAGAGGUGCCCCCGCGAGCCCACGUGGGCCCGCGCUUCUACCCACCAGCUGCAGAUGGCAGAGGCCCACGACCUGCGACCUCAGGGCCCGUCACACCACUCGUCCCCUGUGCUUCCAACCUGCCGGCUGCAAAUCAGUUUCCUGGGCCCCUCCUUGGUCCCGCCGCAGAUCGCAGGCCCGAGUUCAGAGCAGGUGUCCAGCACCCGCAACAGCAGCGUCUCCCUGCCCUGCGAGGUCCACGCCCACCCGCGGCCAGAGGUCACGUGGUACAAUGACGGCCGGGCCCUCUCCCUGGGAGAAGAGGUCUUCCUUCUGCCUGGCAGCCACACACUGCAGCUGGCUCGGGUUCAGCCGUCCGACGCGGGGACGUACGUCUGCGAGGCCCUCAAUGCCGCCGGCCGAGCCCAGAAGCUGGUGCAGCUCAGCGUGCUGGUCCCCCCCACUUUUAGGCAGGCGCCUGGCGGUCCCCAGGAUGUGGUUCUGGUGCGGUCAGGGGACAAAGCUGUGCUGAGCUGUGAGACGGACUCACACCCUGAGCCAGCCGUGACCUGGUUCAAGGACAGGCAGCCCGUGGUCCCGGCACAGCGGACGCAGGUGCUGCCAGGGGGGCAGAGGCUGGAGAUCCUGGACGCCCAGGUGUCAGAUAAAGGUCUCUAUAGCUGUAAGGUCAGCAAUGCGGCCGGGGAGGCCACGCGGACCUUCAUCCUCACCGUCCAGGUGCCCCCAACAUUUAAGAACCCCAAGACAGAGGUGGUGAGCCAGGUGGCGGGAAGCCCCCUGGUCCUGACCUGUGAUGUGACCGGGGUCCCUGCGCCCACCGUGACCUGGCUGAGGGACAGAAUGCCCGUUGAGAGCAGCGUGGCGCACGGUGUGGUCUCCCGGGGGGGCCGCCUCCAGCUGAGUCGCCUGCAGCCCACCCAGGCGGGCACCUACACGUGUGUGGCCGAGAGCGCCCAGGCCCAGGCGCGCAAGGACUUCGUGGUGGCCGUGCUGGUGGCGCCCCGGAUUCGGAGCUCGGGAGCCACACAGGAGCACAGCGUGCUGGAGGGGCAGGAGGUGCAGCUGGACUGCGAAGCCGACGGGCAGCCGCCACCCGAAGUGGCCUGGCUGAAGGACGGGGCCCCCCUGGGCCAGCGUGCGGGCCCCCACCUCCGGUUCUACCUGGACCAAGGCUCCCUGGUGCUGAAGGGCCUGAGGGCCUCUGACUCGGGCGCCUACACCUGCGUGGCCCACAACGUGGCCGGGGAGGACGCCAGGCUGCACGCCGUGAACGUGCUGGUUCCUCCCACCAUCGAGCAAGGGGCGGCGGGUUCAGGGGCCCUGGUGAGCAGGCCAGGGGAGCUGGUGACCAUGGCUUGCCCGGUUCGGGGCUCCCCGCCCAUCCACGUGAGCUGGCUCAAGGAUGGCCUGCCCCUCCCGCUCUCCCAGCGCGCCCACCUCCACGGCCAUGGCCGCACCCUCAGGAUCUCCCCAGUGCAGUUGGCAGAUUCUGGCACCUUCACCUGCCUGGCGGCCAGCCCGGCCGGCGUGACCAGCAGGAACUUCAGCUUGCAGGUGCACGAGCCACCGGUCCUGGAGCCAGUGGAGUUCCAGGAGGACCUGGCGGUGGCGCGGGGCUCCCCGCUCUUGCUCCCCUGUGAAGCCCGGGGCAGCCCCCUGCCCCUCGUGUCGUGGAUGAAGGAUGGGGAGCCCUGGUCACCCCAGAGCCCGGAGCAGGGCCCUGGGCUGCGGCUGGAGGCCGUGGGAGCCGGCGACUCGGGGACCUACUCCUGCGUGGCCACCAACGAGGCGGGCGAAGCCAGGAGGCGCUUCCAGCUGACCGUGAUGGAUCCCCCCUACAUCGAGGACUCAGGCCAGUCUGGAGAGUUGUCACUGACCCCCGGCACGCCCUUGGAGCUCCCCUGUGAUGCCCAGGGCACGCCCCAGCCCAACAUCACCUGGCAUAAGGACGGGCAGGCCCUGAACUGGACAGAGAAUGGCCAUCGGGCUGGCCGGGUGCUGCGGGUGGACGCAGUGCAGGUGGGCGAUGCCGGACUGUACACUUGCCUGGCCCAGAAUCCAGUGGGUGACGUCGAGAAGAGUUUCCGGGUCAGGGUUCAAGCUCCCCCAAGUGUGCUCGGGCCCCGAGGCCCCCGCUCCGUGGUUGGCCUGGCGCCAGGGCAGCUGGUCCUGGAGUGCACCGUGGAGGCAGAAACAGCCCCCGAGAUUGAGUGGCACCGAGACGGCGUCCUGCUGCAGGCCGACGCGCACACCCAGUUCCCAGAGCGGGGCCGGUUCCUCCAGCUGCAGGCCCUGAGCCUGGCGGACGGCGGGGACUACGGCUGUACUGCCCGCAACGCCGCGGGCAGCACCAGCGUGGCCUUCCACGUGGAGAUCCACAUGGUGCCCACCAUCCGACCCGGCCCAGCCGUAGUGAAUGCCUCGGUCAGCCAGACGGCCCUGCUGCCCUGCCAGGCGGACGGUGCCCCCCUGCCCCUGAUGAGCUGGCGGAAGGAUGGAGCCCCCCUGGACCCUGAGAACCCCAGGUUGCAGGUGCUGCCAGAGGGUUCCCUGAGGAUCCAGCCCGUCCUCCCUCAGGACGCGGGCCGCUACCUCUGCCUGGCGUCCAACUCCGCAGGCUCCGAUCGGCAAGGCCGCGACCUCCGGGUCUUCGAGCCUCCAGCCGUCGCGCCCAGCCUCUCCAACCUGACGCUGACUGCACACACCCCCGCGUCGCUGCCCUGUGAGGCCAGCGGCUCCCCCAAGCCCCUCGUGGUCUGGUGGAAGGACGGACAGACCCUGGACUUCCAUCUGCAGCAGGGCGCCUACCGGCUCCUGCCCUCCAACGCCCUGCUCCUCACGGCCCCCGGGCCUCAGGACGCAGGUCAGUUUGAGUGUGUGGUGAGCAACGAGGCGGGGGAGGCCCGCAGGCUCUUCCUGGUGACCGUUCACGUGCCCCCCACCAUCGCCGACGACCAGACAGAGUUCACUGUGACCAAGAUGGCGCCCGUGGUGCUCACGUGCCACAGCUCGGGCGUGCCGGCCCCCGCUGUGUCCUGGGCCAAGGCGGGCACCCCGCUGGGUGUGCGGGGCAGCGGCCACCGCGUCUUGCCUUCAGGAGCCCUGGAGAUCGGGCAGGCCCUGCCCAUCCACGCCGGCCGCUACACCUGCACCGCCCGGAACGCCGCGGGCAUCGCCCACAAGCACGUGGCCCUCACCGUGCAAGCGCCCCCCGUGGUGAGGCCCCUGCCCGGCGUGCUGCGCGCGGUGGCCGAGGAGGAGGUGCUGCUGCCCUGCGAGGCCCUGGGCCUGCCCCGGCCGAGCGUCACCUGGCAGAAGGAAGGGCUGCGUGUCGCGGCCGGAGCCGGCGUCCAGGUCCUGCGCAGUGGACACCUGCGGCUUGUGCGCGUCAGCCCGGACGACGCCGGCAACUACUUCUGCGUCGCCCAGAAUAGCGUGGGCAGCGCCCUGGGGAGAACGCGGCUGGUGGUGCAAGUCCCCCCCAAGAUCGAGACUGGCCUCGCUGACCUGUCUACCAUCGAAGGCUCCCAUGCCCUCUUGCCCUGCACGGCCAGCGGCAGUCCCCAGCCGGAUAUCACCUGGGAAAAAGACGGCCAGCCCGUGUCUGGCGUCGAGGGGAAGUUCAUCGUCCAGCCUUCCGGGGAGCUGCUGGUGAAGGACUCAGAGAGCCAGGACGCCGGCACCUACACCUGCACCGCUGAGAACGCCGUGGGCCGCGCCCGCCGCCGUGUCCACCUCACCAUCCUGGCACUGCCCGUCUUCACCACGCUGCCCGGGGACCGCAGUCUGCGCCUCGGGGACAGGCUGUGGCUUCGCUGCGCCGCGCGGGGCAGCCCCACCCCCCGCAUCGGCUGGACCGUCAACGACCGGCUUGUCACAGAGGGGGUGUCUGAACAGGACGGGGGCAGCACGCUGCAGCGGGUGGCCGUGACCAGAGAGGACAGUGGCACCUACGUCUGCUGGGCCGAGAACAGAGUGGGCCGCGUGCAGGCGCUCAGCUUCGUCCACGUGAAGGAGCCCCCCGUUCUGCAGGGGGAGGCCUUCUCCUACCUGGUGGAACCUGUGGGGGGCAGCAUCCGGCUGGACUGUGUGGUCCGUGGAGACCCGGCCCCCGACAUCCGCUGGCUCAAGGAUGGCCUUCCGCUGCGGGGCGGCCGCCUCCGGCACCGGCUGCAGAAUGGCUCGCUGACCAUCCGCAGGACCGAGAGGUCCGACGCGGGACGGUACCAGUGCCUGGCGCGGGGCGAGCUGGGCGCCGUGGAGAAGGUGGUGCUCCUCGUGCUGCAGAGUGCCCCGGUAUUCCAGGUGGCACCGCAAGACGUGGCGGUGAGCUCCGGAGACGCAGUGGCCCUGCCGUGCCAGGCGGAGGGAGAGCCGGCGCCCAGCAUCCAGUGGCUGCGGGCGGGGCAGCCCCUGCGGGCCGGCCGGCGGCUGCGGACCCUGCCGGACGGGAGCCUGUGGCUGGAGCGCGCCGAGGCCGGCGACGCCGGGGCCUACGAGUGUGUGGCUCACAACGCCCUGGGCUCGGCCACUGCCCGGGCAGUCCUGGCCGUGAGAGACGACCCCCGGGGGAGCUGGGGCAGCAUGACGGGGGUGAUCAACGGCCAGGGGCUCGGCGUGGCCGCCCUCAACACCAGCGUGCAGCGGGGGGCGCGUGCCGGGGCCACCACGGUCCGCAGCAGCAUCACCCACGUCCCUGCGAGUGUGGGGCCUCUGAUGCGGGUGCUCGUGGUCACCAUCGCUCCCGUUUACUGGGCCCUGGCUGGAGAGAGUGGAGACGCCCUGAACGGCCACUCCCUGACGGGCGGCAGUUUCCGGCAAGAGUCUCACGUGGAGUUCGCCACCGGAGAGCUGCUCACCAUGACCCAGGUGGCCCGGGGCCUGGACCCUGACGGCCUCCUGCUCCUCGACGUGGAGGUCGCUGGCAACGUCCCCGAGAGCCUGGCCGCUGCGGACCUUCAAGUGCAGGACUUCCAGGAGCGCUACGUGCAGACGGGGCCCGGCCAGCUGUUUGUGGGCGCCACCCAGGGCUUCCUGCAGGACGGGCUCCCGGCCGCCCUGCGCUGCAACCACAGCGUCCAGUACGACGCGGCCCGGGGGCCCCAGCCCCAGCUGGUGCAGCACCUGCAGGCCUCCGCCGUCCGCUCCGACUUCGACCCCGAGGCCCAGGCCCUGCACUUCCAGCUCACCGCCGCCCUGCAGGCCGAAGAGAACGAAGUCGGUUGUCCCGAGGGCUUCGAGCUGGACGCCGAGGGGGAGUUUUGUGUGGACAGGGAUGAGUGUUCGGAUGACCCAAGCCCCUGCUCCCACUCCUGCUACAACACCCCCGGCCACUUCUCCUGCACCUGCCCGGCUGGCUUCACGCUGGCCAAGGACGACAGGAGCUGCAGAGAUGUGGACGAGUGUCUGGAGCAGUCAGACGAGUGUCACCACAACCAGCUGUGCGAGAACACCCCUGGCGGACACCGCUGCGGCUGCCUCAGGGGCUACCGGACCCAGGGCCCGGGCCUGCCCUGCCUGGACAUCAACGAGUGCCUGCAGCUGCCCCCGCCCUGCACCCACCAGUGCCACAACCUCCAGGGCACCUACCGCUGCCUGUGCCCCCCGGGCCAGACCCUCCUCCCCGACGGCCAGACCUGCACCCCGCUGGGGCCGAGCAGGCAGAACGUGACCACUGUCAGCUUCCGGGGCCCCUGGCUGCGGCCCCGAGCCCCUGUCCCGGGAGGCCCUCACCACGCCUGGGUCUCCCGCCGGCCAAGCCCCAGAGCCCUGGGCAGCGCAGGAUGGGCCGGGUGCCCCCCGGGCUUCAUCCGGCAGAACGGCGCGUGCACAGACCUGGACGAGUGCCGGGCGCACAGCCUGUGCCAGCACGCCUGCCGGAACACCGAGGGCAGCUACCGGUGUCUGUGCCCCGCCGGCUACCGCCUGCUCCCCAGCGGAAGGAACUGCCAGGACAUCAAUGAGUGCCAGGAAGAUGGCAUCGAGUGCGGGCCUGGCCAGAUGUGCUUCAACACCCGCGGCAGCUACCAGUGUGUGCACACCCCGUGUCCUGCCACCUACCGGCAGGGUUCCAGCCCAGGGACGUGCUUCCGCCGCUGCUCCCAGGACUGCGGCGCCCGCGGCCCCUCCACGCUGCAGUACAAGCUGCUGCCGCUGCCCCUGGGCGUGCGCGCCCACCACGACGUGGCCCGCCUGGCCGCCUUCUCCGAGGCCGGCGUCCCCGCCAACCGCACGGAGCUCAGCGUGCUGGAGCCCGACCCGCAAAGCCCCUUCGCGCUGCGCCCCCUGCGCGCCGGCCUGGGCGCCGUCUACACCCGGCGCGCGCUCACCCGCGCGGGCCUCUACCGGCUGACCGUGCGCGCCGCCGCGCCUCGCCACCAGAGCGUCUACGUCCUGCUCAUCUCCGUGUCCCCCUACCCCUACUGAGGGGCGGGGCUCGGCAGCUGUGGGCCGCCGGGGCUGGGAGGGGGCGCGGAGAGCAGCCGACCAGCCCCCACCGCCCAGCGGGCUGGACGGGACGGGGUGCCCGGGCCACGCCAGCAGCGUGGCCAGCCAGGGCAUCUUCUCCCGCGCCCCGUGCGUCAUCGAGACCUUCAGUAAACACGCCCUGUGCGCAGGCACGCAGCCUUGACCCCAGGACUCGGGCGCCGACAGACAGCGGCUGCCUUCGCCACCCUCCCCUCCCCACCCCGCCCCACCCGCAGGAGAGCGCAGGCCCCUGUCCCAAGCUGUGACCUGAGGCCGCAAAGUCUUGGCAGGGCUGUGGGAAGUCUGCAGGUCCGCAGACCGCUGCCCCGGAGUUACCCUGCCCAAGGGGCGGGGCAGCGCCUGCCCUGUGCUGGGGCAGAAGUGGGCACCCGCCCACGCGGGCACCCUCUCCUGAACCCGU